UGUGGACAUACUUGCCCUUGGAUUUGAAGAAAUGGUGGAGUUAAAUGCAGGAAACAUCGUGAAUGCCAGCACCACGAAUCAGAAGCUCUGGGCUGCUGAGCUGCAGAAGACCAUCUCCAGAGAUUACAAGUACGUGCUGCUGGCUUCAGAGCAGCUGGUGGGCGUGUGCCUCUUCGUGUUCAUCAGGCCCCAGCACGCUCCCUUUAUCAGGGACGUUGCUGUCGAUACUGUCAAGACUGGCAUGGGAGGAGCCACUGGGAACAAAGGUGCCGUGGCCAUUCGGAUGCUGUUCCAUACCUCCAGCCUCUGCUUUGUGUGCAGUCAUUUUGCCGCAGAGAAAAAUUGCCUGGGAAGGGCUCUGAGCUGUCUCUGGAGCCUUCUCUUCUCCAUUACUUGCACGUCUCUUGACUCUACCAGUGAUCAGCACUGUGAGAUUAACAGGGUGAUAAUGGACAGGGUUUGGAGAGCUUUUAACCACGAAGAAGUGGAACAAUCUCCAGGAAAUCCAGCCCUCACUGGGAGGCAGCAGGAGAGAUUUCUAGCCAUCACCAUCUACCACAUAGGAACAUUUAAGAAUUAA